UUUAUCGGCCACGACAAUCAACGGAGAAAAGCUAUGAGAAAAGUGGUGAGGAAAAAUACAAAAUGCAAGUAGUUACCUCUCAAACAGAGAUAGACGCUUUUAUUAAAAGGGCGGAAGACGAGUCGCAUUCAAAAUAUGUCUGUAUAUCCGUGGAUCGGGGCUUCACCAACAAAGAUUGGCAUCCUUUGCCCAAGAGAAGGGUGUAUUGGCAGUGGUCCGGUGGAGAAGGCUCACCAUCUAUUGAAUUCACCGGGGUCCCUUUUAUGUUUGUCGGGGGCAAAAGGCUUGGUUGCCAUCGAGGUAAAGACCGUGCUGUUGCGCAGAAGAAGAAAUAUAAAGAAGAGAAAGCUAAAAAGAUGAUGGAAGAUUACAGCACACUGAAUCAGACAUCUACUUCACCAUACACUAAAAAAGUUGGAUGUCCAGCCAAUAUAUGCAUUAGCAAGAUUGCAAUGUUCCCUAAAUUCAAGCUCAGUGAUAAUAAAGAGAGGACUCGUAAAAGAACCUCAAAGGCACUGAGACUAGCUUUACAGCAAGACCCUGUGGUGUGGGAGACCUGCUUCGUCAUCACACACCACAGUAAGCACAGUGGUCAUGAGAUGGAUGAACUCAAUGGAAAGAAGAAAAAAAGGAAAAGACUGAAGGAUAAUGAAACCACAGAAGGUGAAUCACCAGCUCAGAAACGUGCCAGAAAAACACGCCUUAAGAAUAAGUGCAUCAAACUCACCAAAGAAUUGCUGGAUAAACUGUAUUUCAUUGAGGACCUAGACAAACUUGAGGAGACUUCCGGAAAAUUAAACAACUUGUUAGAAGACCUUUCACCAUUCAGCCACAGUGAAAAUGAGAGGCCACUACAAAUGGUGGCAAAAAGGGCAAGAAGUUUACCAUCAUUUACAUCAACACUGACUCAAAAGACAAUUCAGAGACCAUCCAAAUAUACUGAAAGAUGUGGCGCAACAGUGUGCAGGAAGUCAAUGACACAAGUCACAAUAUGGCCUGUGCAUUCUGUAGCUAAUACAUUGGAAAUAGAAUAGAUGCAUCAUUUCAUCUAUUUUGUUUAUAUUUGUUUGCUAUGUAAAUGUUAUGAGA